AUGCUAUCAGAUGUGUCCCACUUGCCGGGAGUUCAACUGGGAAACUUCUUACUCCAGUUCGAGUUGGAAGAACCCAAUGAAGCGGUCCGUGAGAUCGCGAGACGGGAACUACGGGAAACGCCAGAAAACAUCCAACCAGCUGUUGAUGAACUAAGGAGGCUUUUAGAAGCGGACAAGGAUCUGUAUGUCCCCUGUGAACGCGACGCGUGGCUCAUCAGAUUUCUCCGACCUUGCAAAUUCUACCCUGAAAGUGCCUACGCCUUGAUCAAACGCUAUUACGGAUUCAAAGUAAAGCAUCACAAACAUUAUGAAGGACUAACACCAAGCAAAGAACAGAAUGUUUUCAACCAGAAUGUCCUCAAAGUUCUUCCCACGAGAGAUCAGCUCGGGCGAAGGGUGCUGGUUCUGGAACUUGGCAAAAAUUGGAACCACAACAAAUGCACACUAGACGAGGUGUUCAAAGGCUGUGUUCUCUUCCUAGAGGGCGCGAUGUUGGAGCCAGAGACACAGAUAUGCGGCGCUGUCGUGAUAUUUGACAUGGACGGUCUGUCUUUGCAACAAGUUUGGCAAUUCACCCCACAAUUCGCAAAGAGAAUUGUCGAUUGGCUACAGGAAUGCAUCCCUCUCAGAAUAAAAGGUCUAUACAUCAUAAACCAGCCGUACAUCUUCAAUAUGGUGUUCCAGUUAUUCAAGCCCAUCUUGCAAGAGAAAUUGCGUUCUCGAAUAGUAUUUUUGGGCAAUGAUAGGGAGCUUCUUUACAAAUAUAUAAAUCCUAAAUGUCUUCCUGAAAAAUAUGGAGGGAGUUUAAACAUACCGGAUGUCACCGGGGCGCAGUGGUUGGAGCUUUUGAUGUAUUGCGAUAAGGAAUAUCUUGCGAUCAACUCUUAUGGAUACAAGAAAAACAAGUGA